AUGGCGGCGGCGUAUGGUUUUGGCGUUCACUUCGAACCCACAGACCACGAAAUCAUCACCUUCCUUCUCAAAAGAGUCACCGGCUUCGCUGGAGACGACGAGUUUAUCAAGACCGAUAAUCUGUACGGCCACAGGGAACCGUGGGAUAUUUUCGGGGAUUUUGAUCACAAAACCAGGCGCUACUUCUACAGCAGUCUCACCAGAAAGACUGCCGGCGGCCACCGGUUUUCCCGGAACGUGGGAAAGGGCACGUGGACGAACAAAGGCAAGGCCACUCCGAUUCUUUCUGUCGACCGACGGGUGAUCAUUGGUUACCGGAGGACUUUCCGGUACCAGACGAAGGCGAGUAAUUUGGACAAGAAGGGUUCGUGGCUGAUGACAGAAUAUGUGCUUCCCGAUGCGGCCAUCAAGUUCGAGGGCAUCAAAGAAGAGUACAAGAAUUUCGCGCUGUGUGUUCUCAAGAAGAAGAAAACCAAGAAUGUUAAGCCACAUGUCGGGAGCGGAUUAGGUGAUUUUGGAGCUGAGUGUUCUUGUUCAUGUAGCGUUGAGGCUCCUAUUACUGAUUUUCGGGAUCAGACGAGUCAAAGUGAUAAUGUGGAUUUUGGAUAUGUGGGCCCGAAAGAAGUGCAGACAGACGAGGAUUGGAUACAUGAGUUAGAGGAGAGUAUUAUGGACGAUCAUCGUGAUGACGUCAUCAAUGGUCUAGAAGAGGGUGAUUCGAAUCCAGGUGGCACGUUCCCACUGGUUGAUGAUGAUGAUGAUUGGAUCCACGAGCUGGAGGAGAGUAUGAUGGAUCACGAUGAUAAUUGUUACGAAAGUGGAUUGGUCAGCAAAAUGGAUGGUAUUGGUGAGCCCUUGUGUGAAGAUGAUCCUAGUUUCGAGAAGGAGUUGUUGGAGUUGUUCGAUUUUGAUCUUCCUGCAGACGAUCAUUUCCUAUGGGAUGAUAACCUGCUCUACAAUGGCCGCUUUCUCCGGCAGGAUCAGUCUUCGGCAGCCCCAUUGAUUGCCGGUAGUUAG